AUGCCGUGUAACCCGCAAGCCUCCUGCGAAGGUUGUUCCUGCGACGACAACCGAGCCCCGAUCAACAUCGAAGACUGCGAAUCCGAGCUCCUGGCCCUGCGCAAGCGCACGCACGAGUUGGAGAAGACCCUCGCCACGCUGCACGAUGGCUCGGUGUUGCCGCGAGGAGGUCGCAAGCUGCGAUCGGCACGAUGGUUCAACAGCGAUAGUAAUCCCGGUAUGACGGCGCUGUAUAUCGAGCGAUAUCUUAAUUAUGGUAUGACACGGGAGGAGCUGAUGUCCGGCAAACCGGUGAUCGGCAUCGCGCAGUCCGGCUCAGACAUUGCGCCGUGCAACCGGCAUCAUCUGGAGCUGGCGAAACGCGUGCGCGAGGGUAUCCGGAGUGCGGGUGGCAUUGCUUUCGAGUUCCCCACACAUCCGAUUCAAGAGAGCUCGCGCCGGCCGACGGCGUGUCUGGAUCGCAACCUGGCGUAUUUGGGGCUGGUGGAGAUUCUUCAUGCCUAUCCGUUGGAUGGAGUUGUGCUCUUGACGGGAUGCGAUAAGACGACCCCGGCGGCAUUGAUGGCGGCUGCCACAGUGAAUAUUCCUGCAAUAUGCCUCAAUGUUGGCCCGAUGCUCAAUGGAUACGUGAAGAAUGACCUGGCCGGGUCAGGAAUGGUCGUUUGGAAAGGACGAGAAAUGUAUGCGGCGGGCGAGAUCAAUCGCGAGGAAUUUAUCGACUAUGUGUCUCGAGGAGCGCCGUCUGUAGGCCAUUGCAACACAAUGGGUACGGCAUCGACAAUGAACGCUCUGGCAGAAGCCUUGGGGAUGGCGCUCCCUGGCUCGGCAGCUAUCCCGGCGCCAUACCGGGAACGCACCCAAUGCGCCUAUGAGACCGGCGAGCGCAUUGUCGAAAUGGUUCAUGCAGACCGAAAACCAAGCGAUAUCAUGACGCGCGCGGCGUUCGAGAAUGUUAUUGUCACGAACACGGCUAUCGGUGGCAGCACAAAUGCUCCUAUCCAUAUUAAUGCCAUGGCCAAACACAUCGGCGUGGAUCUUUCGCUGAAUGACUGGGACGAACUCGGGUUCCAUAUUCCUCUGCUCCUCAACAUGCAACCCGCCGGCGAGUUCCUAGGCGAGGAGUACUACCGUGCUGGCGGACUCCCUUCUAUCAUGGCCGAGUUGCUUGAGGCGGGGAAGUUACGGCCAGACGCAUUAACCUGCAAUGGACGCACCGUGGAGGAGAACGUGCGGGGCCAGCUGUCGUGGAACCGGCGUAUAAUCCGUGCCUAUGCCGAUCCGCUGAUGGCGGACGCCGGGUUCCUGCAUCUUCAAGGAAGCUUAUUUAACUCGGCAAUCAUGAAGACAUGCGUGAUCUCCCCGACAUUCCGGAAGAAGUUCCUGGAGAACCCGGCGGAUCUGAAUGCUUUUGAGAGUGCGGUUGUGGUCUUCGACGGGCCCGAGGACUAUCACGACCGACUCGAUGACCCGGCCACGCCAAUCGACGAUACUAGUAUCUUGGUGAUGCGCGGCGCAGGCCCUCUUGGCUACCCAGGUGCUGCGGAGGUGGUCAACAUGCACCCGCCAGCGCGUCUGCUGCGCCAAGGCAUCACCUCACUGCCCUGUAUUGGCGACGGGCGGCAAUCCGGGACGUCGGGCUCUCCGUCCAUUUUGAAUGCAAGCCCUGAAGCUGCGGCUGGGGGCAAUCUCGCCAUUCUCCGUGAUGGUGAUCGUCUGCGUGUUGACUUGAACCAGCGCCGCGUCGAUAUUCUGAUUGAUGCCGCAGAACUCGAGCGCCGCCGAGCUGAUCUACAGGCUCGUGGUGGCUACUCGGGCCCUGAGAACCAAACGCCGUGGCAAGAGAUCUUCCGUCGCCAGACGGACCAGCUGAAUGAGGGAAUGGUGCUGCGUAGUGCGGUCAAGUACCAGCGUGUUGCGCAGCGAUGGGAGGAGCCCCGGCACAACCAUUGA